AUGGAACAGAUCAGCGACUAUGAAACCGAGAUACACGCCAAACAUGAACAGGAGAUACGAGAACUCAGAGUUCAGCUUGAUCAACGGGACGCGAAGAUCGGUGCUACAAAGGCCAAGCUCAUGCGCGAGAAGACUAAGCGACGCGAUAUACAGACGCAGCGAAACGCGUGGAAACAGGAGUACAAGAUCCAGGAGGCUCUAGCUGCGUCUACUACUGAACAUGCCAAGCAAGAGGAAGGGAGUGAGGAUUGGAAGGCUAUGUUCUUCGAUCAAGAAAAGAAGACCGAAGACUACAAGGUCAAAUACAUUGCGACGAAAGAACAGAAGGAGGAAUGGGAAGCAGAGAAGUUGGGGAUGCAGGUUGAUAUCGUUCGUCUCCGAUCGAAGAUGUUGGGCCAGAAGAGUACCCUACAAAACUAUGAGAUCGGCCAUGUGAAACAAGGAGCACGAAUGGCCAAUCAUCAUCAAGAGCGGGAGAGGCUACAGCAGGAGCUAUCCAAAGAGAAGGAAGCGAGGAUAUUCUGGCAGAGAAGGCACAGUACUCUACUAGCAAGUUCGCGAAACCGCUCACUACCUGCUACAACUCCGACUGGCCCGCGAAACAUGACAGCUAGUAUGCAGGUUAUUAGGGCGCCGCUCGACAACAGAGGUACACAGGCAAGCUCGCGUACAUCAGGAUUUGGCGAAUAUGUACCUCUACCACAGGGUAUGCGCAGAUGA